AUGACAAAAUUAUUGGAAAUCUUAACUUUUGUGACUUUUCUUAUGCUCAAAAAAUCACAUCCAUCACCAAUCCCACAAGACUACAUGGUUCAAUAUUAUGAUCCAUAUUAUCAGUAUUAUCAGUGGCCUUAUCAAUACCACCAGAGUGACACAGACGUUGCCCAAAAUGUUGUUCCUUAUCAAGUUCAAUCAAAUUAUGAUUAUAAUGGAUACAAUUACAAUCAAAAUUCAGUCGCAGAUGAUGACAGCAAGAAUAUUUUUGGAAAUAUAUUCGAAUCGAUUUUUAGACCAACGACAACUCCUAAAACAUCAACAGUGCCAACAACACCUAAAACAACAACAACAACAACAACAAAGAGCCCUCAAACCACAACAAGUUUAGCAGAAAGUCUAGUUCAACGAGAUUGUGUCGAGAAAUGCAUUGAAAGACCUCCAUCUCAGUACGAUCCUGUCUGUGGUUCAAAUAAUGAGACUUACUAUAAUGACGGUAGACUGUACUGUGCUGCAGACUGUGGAGUUGAUGUUACUCUUGCGAGACGUGGAACUUGUACGCCAAUGAUAACAAUGAUUGUUAGCGGCAUGACUAAUUCAGUUGCUAAUGGAACUUUGAUUUAA